GCUACAAAAGCAGUGCAUAUGCUUCGGUGAUCAGGAGCACCUAUUCUUUGGACCCGCCAGUAAUAGACAAAAGCUCGUGGAGUACGCUUCGUUUUCGCAGAAGAAUUAAUUUCGUGCUGUGUUCAAUCUGUGUUACUUGUAGCCUACUAUAGAGUCACAGCCGUUGAAGACGAAGCUUAAGGAAAGCCCUCAGCAUGGGGGUGGCUGAAGAUUUCGCUCCCAGCUUUGUUAAAAAGCCACAACUGCAUCAAGAAGAUGAUGGCAAUCGAUUGAUAUUUGAGUGCCAGCUAUUGUCAUCACCGAAACCGGACAUUGAAUGGUUUCGAAGUGACAAUAAAGUAGUAGAAGAUGUCCGAACCAAAUUCAAAAUUCAACCAGUCGGAGAAAAUAAAUAUACGGUUGUAUUGGAGCUUGACGAUGUAGUUGAAACGGAUGCCGGACUUUAUAAGGUCAAAGCAAAAAACAAGUCGGGCGAAGUCUCUGCGUCUAUUAAUUUAAAUUUCUCACAUGGUAAGUUUUCACUCCUGGAAAGCGAAGGACAAAUCGACGGAUUCGCGCCGACAUUCGCGAAAAAACCCGCCAUACGACAGGAAGAAGAUGGAAAACGAUUAUUAUUCGAGUGCCGCGUUAACGCUGAUCCGAUACCCGCCAUUAUUUGGUUCCAUAAUGGAGCUGCUGUCAAGGAAUCAGAACGGCAUAAGAUUACUGUGGACAAAGACGUUCAUUCAUAUUUUGCGACACUUGAAAUACUAAAUGUAACAGUUGAGGAUGCUGGGAAAUACAAAGUGAAUGCAAAAAACGAAUUGGGCGAGAGCAACGCUACAAUAAGCCUAAACUUCGACAGCGACGAAGCCCCCGUGCCGGAAAGCGCAGAAGGCAUUAAGCCAACUUUUACCGAACGCCCGGUAAUUCGUCAAAGCGAAGAUGGUGGAAAUGUAACGUUCGAGUGUAGAUGCGUUGGAGAUCCCACGCCAACAGUCACAUGGUCCCAUGGCGAGACUGAACUAAACGAAUCCAAUCGCUACAAAAUGUCUUUGACAAUGGAUCAAAAACUAUAUCACAUUGCGUGUCUUGAGAUUGGCAGUGUGGUAUCAUCUGACCAGGGUGAAUAUCGCGCGCAAGCGAAAAAUAAGCACGGUUCUGGCGUCGCAACCAUUAAUCUUAAUUUCGAAAGCGGCUCGAAAAAAAUUCCGGAUGGAAAGUCGCCGCGCUUUCCAAAAAAACCAACGAUCCGCCAAGAAGAAGACUUACUCAUCAUGGAAUGCGUCUUGGAAGCGCAUCCGGUUCCGGAUAUAGUCUGGUAUUGCUCAGAAAAGGAAAUCUGUAACAAUCAAAGAACGAAAAUGACUCGCAAGGCAAUAACUAAAGACAGCUACAUUCUGACUCUGGAAAUCCAAAAUCCCACCAAAGAAGAUGGCGGAAACUAUCGUUGUAACGCAAUAAAUAUGUAUGGCGAAAGUAAUGCAAACAUUGCGCUUAACUUUCAAGGUGCGAGCGAUGCCAACGGGUUUGCGCCAUCUUUUAUCGAAAAACCGCGAAUUAUCCCAAAUGAAUCCGGCACAUUGAUCACCAUGAAGUGCAAGUGCAAGGCCAAGCCCGAACCCACAGUAACUUGGUACAGGGGUCAAGACUUGGUGGAGAAGAGUAAGAAGAUAAAAAUUAACACAACAGUUAUUGCUGAAGACACGUAUGAGCUGACACUUGAAAUUAAGGAUCCUGGAGCAACCGAUGGUGGAACCUACAGAUGCAAUGUCAAAAACGAAUACGGUGAAUCAAACGCAAAUCUUAAUCUUAACAUUGAAGCGGAGCCGGAGCCCGAAGGAGAGGGGCCAACAUUCAUAGAAAAGCCGCGCAUUGUUUCUGAGAACAACGGCAAAUUGGUUAUAAUGGAGUGCAAGGUCAAGGCAGAUCCGAAACCAGAUGUCAUUUGGUUUCGCAACGGAGAAGUCAUCAAGGAAAGCAACAAAAUUAAGACGUUUAUUGAACAGCGCGGCGAUCAAUACUACAUCAAGCUGGAGCUAUUAGAUCCGCAACUAGAGGACUCCGGCCUUUACAAGUGUAACAUAAAGAACACGCUGGGCGAGCUUAAUGCAAACCUUACCCUGAAUAUAGAGAUCGUUCCUGUUAUAAAGGAUAAGCCCAAAAUUAUAAAGAUUAUAAAAAAACGUACUGUAGUCAUCGAGUGCACAGUAGCAUCAAAGUUCGAACCCAAGUGUACCUGGUACAAGGAAACCAGCUCUGUAAAAGAGAGCAAGAGACACGUUUACCUGGUUGAGCAAACAAAGGAAGGAGAGUUCGCCGUUAAACUGGAAAUCAACGAUGUCGAAGAGAGUGACAAGGGCGCCUACAAGUUGGUGGCCAGUAACGAAAAAGGAGAGGCGGUAUCCCAAAUUGUCAACCUCGUUGACAUUCCAGAGGAAGAGCGAAAGCCGUGCAAACCGGAAAUCUCGAGAAAGCUAGCAGAUCAGAAGGUCGCGGAGUCGAAGACCUUUGAGCUUAUAGUCAGCCUGUCCCAGUCAGACCGCAAGUGUAAGGUUGAGUGGUAUAAGGGAAGCACUGUUAUACGUGAAACAAAGGACAUAACCACCACGUUUGAUGGAACAACAGCACGAUUAACUUUUAGCUCAGCAAGGACAGAACACACAUCAAACUAUAAGGUUAUUGUGACCAAUGAAGUCGGCAAGGACGAAUCUUCUUGUAAAAUAACUGUAGAAAAGGGUGGCAAAAAGAAGGAAGAGAAGCCGAAAGAAAAGGAGAAGACCAAGAAUGAAAAAGAAGUGGAGCAAAAGGAGAUGGAAGAAGACAAAAAUCCAUCCGAUCAAUCUGUUGCUCAAACAGAAGGGCGAAUUAAUGUAGAGCAGAUAAAUAAGGGCGACCCAGAAGAAGAACUCACCGAAAAGAAAGAAAUUCUGGAUAAAAAAGACGCGCAGGAAGUAAAAGAAAGUUCGGUUGAACUGCAAGAUAGCGCAGGCCAUGAAGCUCCAGAGCCAAAGAAAGCUAAAUCUGACUCAAAGCUUGACCAAUCACACCAAAAGAACUCCGACAAAAUGCACAAGCCAGGUCAAUCAGAAUCAGAGUCUAAGACUAAUAAAAAUGAAUCUACGGCAGAACCUAUUAAAACCAAUAAACAAGACUCCGGAGAGCAACAAGCAACGGAACAAAUUGGCCUCAAAAAAGUUGAUCGAAAGGCAAGUAUUGUGUCCGUUAAAGAGGAGAUCUCUUCUGACGUUCGUCGCAAAUCAACAAUUAAAGCUAAAGAGGAAAUCACGGUCGAUGAUAAGAAGGCAUCAUCUAGAAGAUCGUCCCUGGCGGUCGAGGAAUCUAACACAGAGUCCCGAAGGUCAUCUAUCAUAGAUAAAAAGCCAUUGGAGCAGGUUGAUAAUAGACCCAUUGACGCUAACAAAAAUCCACAACCAUUAAAAGAAGAGAUUCCCAGGCUAAAACCUGCUGAAAAACGACGAACUUCAAAGGUCAUAGAGGAGCCAAAGCCUGACGAAGGUCUGCCAAAGCUGCGAAAGGCAUCGAUCGCCCAAGUUAAAGAGGAGGCAAAGCCUGCGGCGCCCAAACUUAAGGCCAAAGCAAAAGCAAAACCGAAAUACGAAGAGCUACCAGAAAUUCCGGACUAUGAACGUCCGCAGCUGGAAAAGUAUGAAAAAUCCGAUUUUACACCAUCCGACUUUGCUCGUGAUCUGGAAAUACCAAACAAGAUGGAAAAACCCAUAAUAGACAGCGGAAAGAAAGAACCUGCGGUUCUUGCACAGAAAAAUGGAAUUCCCAAAAAGACGGACAUUAUUGAACAGUACGCAGAGGAACCUAAGGGCUUGAAAGUCGGCAAAGGUAAACUUCCUGAUGAAGGUGACGGUCGGGAUGGCGCUGUGCUCAAACCAGUCAUCAUUGAGCCCGAGAAGGAAAUAUUGGAUCUCGGAAGUAAAGAACAUAGUGAGCACGGCAACAAACCAACUGUACUAGACAUUAUAAAGCAGCGACGUCGAUCCUCUAUCAGAAAUCUGAUGACUAAGGAACCAAUUCAAAAUGAAUCAUUCCUUGGGGUAGUUUUAAAGCCCGUGAUAAAGGAUGCAAGAGAGCAAGCUGCUCCCCAGCAAGCUAUACAAUUAACAAAGGCAAAUGCAACGGAGCAGUUCUCUCCCACAAAGGCAGUCAAGGCACAAGUGGCUGACUUGAAGAAGCCUGAAACUUUAGCAACCCUUGAGGAUAACUAUGAGCGGCCCGUUUUAGAAAAAUAUGAUCCUUUUAGCAUUGAUAAGACCAAAUCAGAGAAACUCACACCAUCCAUUAUCACACCGGACACUAAAGGUCCCGAAGUAAUGUUGCCUGUGCAAGAAACCAAGGAGGAGAAACAAAAGGUCCCUAAAAUGCAACCACCUGCUCCAGGUGACCCACCCAAGAUCGAAGUGAUUCGGGAGAAGCGACCAUCACUGGCACCAGAGCCCCCAAGUCGCCGCGGAUCUCUUAUACCCCCAGCUGAUACUGGUCGACGACCAUCUCUGAUCAUCAAUGACGAGAAGAAACUCCGUCCUGGGGAAGUAAUGGACACGCGGUUAUUGAGGCCAGGCGAGGUCGGUGAAGGACAGCAAAAGCAACAACGACCUGGAGAAAUGGGAGACACGAAACAGCGGCGUAGACCGUCGAUUGAUGUACGUCGUCCAAGCGUACAAGAUCUAGAAGAUCUUAUCAACAAGCCAUCCACGCCCUUACGCGAUGUCGGCGAUGGCGGUCCUCCUUCUAUCGUUGAUGUCCAAGAGUCUUACUCUGUUGUGGAAGACUCGACUGCUUACCUCACUGUCGGCGUCGAAGGUAGUCCAGCGCCUACGUUCAAGUUCUACAAGGGAGUUAGCGAGAUUCUUGAGGGCGGUCGGUUUAAGUUUCUCACAGAUGGGCAAACAAACACAAUUACCUUGUGUAUGCGUAAGUGCAAGCCCAAUGAUGAGAGCAAGUACAAGAUAGUUGUUUCCAACAUUCACGGCGAGGAUUCAGCCGAAAUGCAACUCUAUGUAUCUGAUUCAAGUGGCAUGGACUUCCGUGCCAUGCUCAAAAAACGUCGUUAUCAAAAAUGGGACAAAGACGAACAGGACCCCAAUUGGGGCGACCUUAAAGAAACGGAAAAGCCGUUGCCGGCCCUUAAAAAAGUUGAAAGGGGUCCAGGAUCGCGUAGACCAUCUUUGGCAGAGCUGAUUCCCGAUUGGCCGACAUUACAUCCAUUUCGGCGUGAGGAGAAGGUUGAGUCGUUCCUCAGUCCACUUAUCGAUCAAUUUGCAAAAGAGGGAAAGGACAAAAAGGUUGUUUUUGAAGCCAGAUUCAGCAAACCCAAUUGCAAGCCCAAGUGGCUGUUUCGAAAAGACGAGGUGUUUACCGGCAGUAAAUUUAAAUUUAAACAAGAAAAUGAUACUUAUCAGUUGAUUAUUACGACACCGAAAGUCGAGGACACCGGCAAGUACACCAUUGAAAUCGGCGGUGUUUCAAGUACAGCAUUUUUGAAUGUCGAAGAAGCCGAUCCCACCUACACUUUUACGAAACCCCUUAAAAAGAAACUUGAGGGAUUCACUCAGCAUGAGACCACUCUUGAGUGCUCCGUCAGUAGCAGUAUGGCUAAUGUGCAUUGGUUUAAGGAUAACACCAAGUUGGAGUCCGAUGAUCCUCGCUACCUUAUCUCUAAAGAUAUAAACGGUAACCUCAAACUUAUUAUUAAGGAUUCUGUGCUCGAUGAUGCGGGGCUUUACAGAUGUCAACUGGAUAAGCAACCUGAUAAGACCGAGUGUAACCUUAAGGUCACGGAGUACCCCUACAAGUUCGUCAAGGUUCUAAAAUCACAACAGUGUAUUGAGAAAGACACAGUGACGCUCGCAUGCGAAAUCGACGAUGCUAUGGGUGAAGUGAAGUGGUUCCGUAACGGCGAAGAAAUCAAGCCCGAUAAACGCAUUCAAGUUGUAAAAGAUGGUCGAAAGCGAAAGCUAGUCAUUAAGGACUGCAAGGUUACCGAUGCCGGCCAAUUCAAAUGUACAACGAAUGCCGACACCACAGAGUCGGAAAUUGUCAUUAACUACCAAAACCGCUUUAACAAAAAACUCAAGGAUACUGAAGCUGUUGAGAGAGAAAAAUUGGUUCUGGACAUCGAGCUUCAGGAUCAAACGGCACCAUGCGACUGGAAAUUUAACGGAGAGCCCAUAGUACCAAGUGAAAGUAUUGAAAUCAAGAACAUGGGUGGCGGCAAGCAUCAACUCAUAUUUAACAGCCUGGAUAUGUCUAAUGAGGGCGAAAUAACUUGCGAGUCUGGCCAGCUAAGUUCGAAAUGCAAGCUUUCUAUUCGCAAGGGAGAAAGUAGACCAAACAUAGACUGUCCUGAUAAAUUUGCUGGUCCUAUCAGUGCCCCUGUGCUUCUAGAAGUGCCAUUUAAAGUUUCCGGUACAAAGCAAACACCAGUAGAGGCCAAACUAUUCAAGGACGGAAAGCCAUUGCCCGUGAAGGAUGUGGAGGUUGCAGUUACCGAUGACAAGGUCACAUUUAAAAUAAAAAAGCCGUCGAGAGAUUUAUCUGGGCCAUAUCAAAUAAAAAUAUCCAAUGGACAAGGGGAAGAUACCAAAGAUGUACAGAUUAUUUGUCAAGAUGUUCCACAGCCCCCUCAGGAUGUGGACAUUACAGACGUCUAUCAAACAUCCUGUGUAGUAAGCUUCAAUCCCCCGUCUGACGAUGGUGGUACUCCUAUAACCAAAUAUGUGAUAGAACGGCAGGACUUAAGCAAAAAACAUGGUUGGGAGUCUGUCGCUGAGGUUAUACCUAGUGAACCGUGUCUAAAAAAAAUUGAUGACUUAAUCCCAAAAAAGCAGUACAGAUUCCGCAUUCGUGCUGUCAACGCAAUCGGCCAAUCAGAUCCAGCCACAUUCAAAAAUACCAUUCUUGCAAAAGACCCAUGGGAUGAGCCUGGAAAGCCGAAGGCAGUCGAUCUCACCGACUGGGAUAAAGACCAUGCAGAUCUGAAGUGGGACGCCCCCGAGACUGAUGGUGGGGAUCCUAUAACUGCAUAUAUUGUGGAAUACAAAGAAAAGUUCUCUAACGACUGGGUUGCCGGCAAGGAAGUUGACGGCGAUGCUAGAACUGCUACUGUUGACGGUCUAAAAGAGGGGCAACAGUAUGAAUUCCGAGUCCGUGCUGUUAAUAGGGCAGGCCCAGGUGAACCCAGCGACAAGACUAAAUCCAUUAUUGCAAAAUGCCGUUUUGUUAAGCCCUUCAUUGUUGGAGAAGGUCUUAAAAAUGUGACCGUUAAAAAGGGACAAACUAUUCGGUUCGACAUUAAAUAUGAUGGUGAGCCAGAGCCAGCAGCUACAUGGCUAAAGGGAACAGACAAUUUAAAGUUUGACAACCAGCGCAUUAGCUUAGAUCAGUUGGAAAGGAACUCAUCCAUUACUAUUAAAAAAUCAGUGCGCAAGGACACAGGCAAAUACAAAUUAGUACUGUCGAAUAGCUCAGGGACAAUCGAGUCCGAGGCUCAAGUUGUGGUUCUUGACAGGCCACUUGCUCCUGGCGGACCAUUUGAGCCGGAAGAGAUUCGCGCCAGCCAUAUAAAAAUGAAAUGGAAUCGUCCAGAGGAUGACGGUGGUUGUGAAAUUAGUGGAUAUGCUUUAGAGCGCAUGGACGAAGAGACGGGCCGCUGGAUUCCAGCUGGAGAAGUGGGUCCGAAUGAGACUUCAUUCGAUUUUAAGGGACUAACGCCAAAUAAGAAAUACAAGUUUCGCGUGAAGGCCAUUAAUAAAGAGGGCGAGUCAGAGCCACUUGAGACAUUCGACGCAAUCGUGGCAAGAAAUCCAUACGAUCCUCCAAGUCCACCCAGCCAGCCAGUUAUCGAUGAUUACGAUAACAAGAGUGUCCUUUUGAAAUGGAAGCGUCCUCCGUCAGAUGGCGGACGCCCAAUUACCCAUUAUAUCGUUGAAAUAAAAGACAAAUUCGCACCUUCCUGGAGUGAGGUGGCAAGGACUGAUGAUCCCAACCCUGAAUGUAACGUAGAGGGCCUUAAGGAAAAAAUGGUGUACCAAUUCCGAGUUAGAGCCGUUAACAAGGCAGGCCCCUCCGAGCCCUCCCAACCCACUGACAAUCACUUGUGCAAACACAAAAAUCUCAAGCCGCAAAUAGAUCGGUCUACUUUUAAACGAGUAACAAUAAAGAGCGGCCGAACUCACAAAUGGUCAGUUGAUGUCCUUGGGGAACCAAUACCAGAGCUACAUUGGAGCUGGCGGGAUGAUAUUCCAUUAACCAACGGAGACAGAAUAAAGAUAGAAAAUAUCGACUAUCAUACUGAUUUUAGCAUUACAAAUGUUUUGCGUAAGGAUAGUGGCUUUUAUACUUUAAAAGCAGAGAACCGCAAUGGCAUUGACCGCGAGACCGUGGAAUUAGUUGUUCUAGGAAAACCAAGUUCGCCAAAAGGACCCCUUGCUGUAAGCGAUGUAACUGCAAAUGGAUGCAAACUUCAAUGGAAGAAGCCUGAAGAUGAUGGUGGAGUGCCAAUAAAGGAAUAUGUUGUUGAAAAAAUGGACACAGCAACUGGAAAAUGGGUCCGAGUUGGAAGAUCUCCUGGUGAAAAAGAGCCCCCUAGCUUUGACGUUACUGGCUUAAAUCUGGGAUCAGAGUACAUGUUCCGUGUUUCUGCUGUUAACGAGGAAGGAGAGUCGGAACCUCUUACUACUUUGGUAGGGGUCGUGGCUAAAGAUCCAUUUGAUGAGCCAAACAAACCUGGAACUCCAGAAGUUACUGACUAUGAUAAUCAAAGUGUAAGCUUAAAAUGGGCUGCACCUAACAAUGACGGAGGAGCCCCAAUUCAAAAGUACAUAAUAGAAAAAAAGAAUAAAAAUAAGACAGAAUGGGAAAAAGCUCUAGAAAUACCGGGAGACCAACUGGAAGCCACAGUUGCCGGACUUCAAGAAUAUGGAGAAUAUCAAUUUCGCGUAAUAGCAGUAAACAAAGCCGGACUUUCCCCUCCAUCAGAUUCUAGUGUGCCCCAAAUAGUGAAGUACAAAAAAUUGAAGCCCCGUAUUGACCGAUCUAACCUAAAACCGUUGCUCAUUCGAGCCGGCAAGCCAAUAAAGUACGAUGUUAAUGUUCGUGGUGAACCUGCACCCGUAAUAACGUGGUAUCAAAAUGAUAAAGAGCUCAAGCCAGAAGAACUUCCUAGCAGUAGCGAAAUCAAGAACAUCCCAUAUAAUACUAAGAUUUCAAUCAUUGAAACUGUUCGUAAACAUACUGGAAUAUACAAGAUAAUGGCUGUUAAUGAACACGGACAGGAUGAAGCCACAGUUGAGGUUAAUAUUCUAGCUCCUCCAAGCAAGCCAAGGGGUCCCUUGGAUGUUAAAGAUGUUACUAAAGACAGCUGUAAGCUCAAAUGGAAAAAACCAGAAGAUGAUGGAGGAAAACCCAUUUCAGCCUAUCAGGUUGAAAAGUUUGAUAAAAAACAAGGUCGUUGGGUCCCUCUUGGUCGAACGUCUGCCAAUGAUACCGAAUUUGAUGUAAAGGGCCUCCAGGAAGGCCAUGAAUAUCAGUUUCGCGUCAAGGCAAUUAAUGAAGAGGGGGAAUCCGAUCCCCUGGACUCCGAUGAUAGCAUCAUAGCUAAAAAUCCCUAUGAUGCUGCUAGUAAGCCAGGUACACCUAACAUUGAUGAUUAUAAUGAGCAUAUGGUAAAAUUGAAGUGGGAAGCACCCAGGUCUGACGGAGGCGCCCCAAUAUCAGGUUACGUCAUUGAAAAAAAAGAUAAGUUCUCUCCUAUUUGGGAUGAAAUCCUCAGCACCAAUACAUCCGUUCCCGAAGCAACCGUUGAAGGUCUUGUUGAAGGCAAUAUCUACCAGUUUCGAGUUCGGGCAGUUAAUAAGGCCGGUCUCAGCGACCCGAGUGAUGCAACAGAGCCUCAUUUGGCUAAGCCAAGAAAUCUAAAGCCAUAUAUAAACAGGGAUAAAAUGAAGCCUAUUAAGGUUCGCGCUGGUCAACCCGUUAAGUUUGAUGUCGAUGUCAAGGGAGAACCGGCGCCUUCUUUAACAUGGUUCUUAAAAGAAACCGAGCUAACGCCUACGGGUCAAGUACGUCUAGAAAACAUAGAUUACAAUAGCAAACUUACAUUGCUUGAUACGAAUCGCAAGCAAAGUGGCCAGUAUAAGUUACGUGCUGAAAAUAUAAAUGGCGUUGACGAAGCUGAAGUUGAAGUCAUUAUAUUAGAUAAGCCUUCAAAGCCUGAAGGACCGAUUGAAGUCUCGGACAUUCAUAAAGAAGGGUGCAAGCUUAAAUGGAAGAAACCUAAAGAUGAUGGAGGUAUACCUAUUACUGGCUAUGUAAUAGAAAAAAUGGAUACCGCCACUGGUAAAUGGGUUCCUGCUGGUUCCGUAGAUCCAGAAAAAUAUGAUAUUGAGAUAAAGGGCUUGGAUCCAAAUCAUCGCUACCAAUUUAGAGUGAAGGCAGUCAACGAGGAGGGUGAAUCAGAACCUCUUGAAACUGAAUCGGCUAUUACUGCCAAGAAUCCAUUCGACGUGUCUGCUCCCCCUGGUCUCCCUGAGCUUGAAGAUUGGGAUGAGCAUCAUGUCAAACUAAAAUGGGAACCACCCAUUCGGGAUGGGGGCUCUCCUAUUACCAACUAUAUAAUCGAAGUAAUGGAUAAAGAUUCAGGGGAAUUUGUGAAGGCAGUUGAAACUGAUAGUCCAGUUUGUAAAGGCGUCGUAAAGAAACUUGAAGAAGGACAGCAAUACAAAUUUAGAGUUCGAGCCGUAAACAAGGCCGGUCCAUCGGACCCAUCCGAACAAACGAAUUGGCAUGUGGCCAAACCUCGAUUCCUGAAACCCCAUAUUGAUCGAAUGAAUUUAAAACCUGUGAUUGUAAAAACUGGUUUAUCAAUUAGCUUGGAUAUUAACAUACGAGGAGAGCCAGCUCCAAAAGUUGAAUGGUUCUUCAAUAAAUUAUCUGUUACAAGCGACGAACAUAGUGUAAAAAUUGAUAAUGUUGAUUACAAUACGAAAUUCUUUGUUAUGCGUGCACAGAGAUCUCAAAGUGGAAAAUACACAAUCAAAGCAACAAACGAAGUUGGUGAAGACGAAGCAGAACUGGAAGUCACAGUUUUGGGCAAGCCAGGAAAACCAAAAGGUCCACUGCAAGUCAAUGAUAUAACAAAACACAGCUGCAAGCUUAAGUGGGAAAAACCAGAUGAUGAUGGUGGUUCACCCAUCGACUACUACGAAAUUGAAAAACUUGAUCCUCACACGGGUCAGUGGUUACCAUGUGGAAAGAGUACCGAGCCGGAGGCCAAGGUAAUUGGUCUUCAUGAAGGAAAGGCAUAUAAAUUCCGAGUAAGGGCUGUAAACAAGGAAGGAGAAUCUGAGGACUUGGAAACCGAAAAGCCAAUUAUAGCGAAAAAUCCAUUUGAUGAACCAGAUAGACCAGGGAAACCUGAACCAACUAAUUGGGAUAAAGAUUUUGUCGACUUAGCCUGGGACCCGCCGAAAAACGAUGGUGGCGCACCAAUCCAAAAAUAUAUUAUUCAAAUGCGAGAUAAGUCUGGACGCGCAUGGGUGGACUCUGCAACCGUGCCUGGGGAUAAGUGUAAUGGUACCGUAACUGGCGUAGAAGAGGGCCAUGAAUACGAGUUCCGUAUUGUUGCUGUUAAUAAGGCGGGACCUAGUGAUCCAAGCGAUGUUUCAAAAUCUGUGAUAGCGAAACCUCGUUUUCUUAAACCUCACAUUGAUCGCAAGAACCUACAAAAGAAAAUUAUGCGCAGCGGUCAAAUGCUUCAUAUUGACGCAUUAAUAAAGGCGGAACCUCCAGCAAAAAUAACAUGGACUUACAACGAAACAGAAAUUAAAACUUCAGAUCACAUAAAAAUUGAAAACGAGGACUAUAAAACGACAUUCAUUAUGCCAAAAGUGAAACGCGCUGAUCGAGGCAUUUACAUCGUCACUGCCAAAAACGACUCAGGUUCCGACACCGUAGAAGUUGAGCUGGAAGUACUGUGCAAGCCAAGUAAACCGAAAGGCCCUCUAGCUGUUUCUAAUGUAACGGCCGAGACCUUACACUUGAAAUGGGAAAAGCCCGAAGAUGAUGGCGGUGACCCUGUUGAACAAUAUUUAGUUGAACGCAUGGAUACGGAAACAGGUCGAUGGGUACCAGUACUUACAACUAAAUCACCUGAAGCCGAUGUUACAGGUCUUACGGAAGGAAAGGAAUAUCUAUUUAGAGUAAAAGCUGUCAAUUCCGAAGGCGAAUCAGAGCCUUUGGUGACCGAUAUUCCAACAAAGGCCAAAAAUCCUUUUGAUGCGGCCGACACCCCAGGUAAGCCGCAAAUUGUUGAUUGGUCAGGUAACCACUGUGAUCUAAAGUGGAGGGCACCCGAAGACGAUGGGGGAGCAUCCAUUACUGGCUAUGUUAUAGAAAGGAAGGAUCCCAACACAGGAAAGUGGCAAAAGGCACUUGAAACAAGUACACCUGACUGUAAGGCACGCGUAAAUGACUUAAUCGCAGGCAACAAAUAUCAGUUCAGAAUAAAGGCUGUCAACAAGGCAGGAAAGAGCAAACCGUCCGAGCCGUCCGACCAGAUGACCGCAAAGGACCGAUUUGCUCCACCCAAAAUUGAUAGAACAAACAUUAAGGACAUAACCAUCAAGGCUGGACAACACAUUCGAUUCGACAUUAAGGUCUCUGGAGAGCCUCCGGCUACAAAAGUAUGGCUUCACAACAAAGCACGACUGGAAAAUGACGAUAGUAACUACAAUAUUGAUAUGGAAUCAUAUCGCACAAAACUGGCCGUGCCAAUUUCAAAGCGAUUCCAUUCAGGAAAAUAUACUCUUAAGGCAGAGAAUGAAUCUGGACGGGAUGAGGCUUCAUUUGAAGUCAUAGUCUUAGAUAAACCGGGCCCCCCAGAGGGUCCUUUACGAGUCACAGAUGUGCACAAAGAAGGGUGCAAGCUGAAAUGGAACGCUCCCUUGGACGAUGGAGGUUUGCCAAUCGACCAUUAUAUUAUUGAGAAAAUGGACGUUGAGAGUGGGCGUUGGUUGCCAUCUGGACGCUUUAAAGAAUCUUUUGCCGAGUUGAACAAUUUGGAGCCUAGUCAUGAGUACAAAUUUCGAGUGCUUGCCGUAAAUACUGAAGGUGAAUCUGAACCAUUAACUGGAGAACAGUCUGUUAUUGCCAAGAAUCCUUUUGAUGAGCCCGGAAAGCCCGGAACUCCGGAAGCAGUCGACUGGGACAAAGAUCACGUCGAUUUAGUUUGGAGGCCACCAAUUAACGAUGGUGGAUCGCCUAUCACUGGCUAUGUAGUUGAAAAACGUGAGAAAGGUACUGACAAGUGGAUAAAGGGAACAGAAGUUGCUAUCCCUUGCCUUGGCGAGGAGUGCAAAGCCACUGUGCCAACCCUAAAUGAAAAUUGUGAAUACGAAUUCCGAGUCAAAGCAAUUAAUGCUGCUGGGCCUGGUGAACCAUCUGACGCAAGCAAACCUAUCAUUACAAAGCCAAGAAAGUUGGCCCCCAAAAUUGACCGCAAAAAUAUUCGUACCUAUAACUUCAAGUCUGGAGAGCCGAUAUUUUUGGACAUCAAUAUCAGUGGAGAGCCCGCACCGGAUGUUAAUUGGAAUCAAAACAACAAGUCUGUUCAAACAACAUCAUUUAGUCAUAUUGAGAAUAUUCCGUAUAACACUAAAUAUAUAAAUAACAACCCCGAACGGAAAGAUACGGGACUCUACAAGAUCUCAGCGCAUAACCUAUACGGUCAGGAUCAAGUCGAGUUUCAGAUUAAUAUUAUUACGAAACCCGGCAAACCUGAAGGUCCUUUAGAAGUAUCAGAAGUACACAAGGAUGGUUGUAAGCUGAAAUGGAAAAAACCCAAGGACGAUGGAGGUGAACCAGUUGAAAGCUAUUUGGUUGAAAAAUUCGACCCAGAUACGGGUAUUUGGUUACCUGUUGGCAGGUCUGACGUACCUGAGUACAACGUUGAUGGCUUAGUCCCAGGUCAUGAUUACAAGUUCCGUGUAAAAGCUAUAAACAAGGAAGGGGAAUCGGAGCCACUGGAAACCUUGGGGUCAAUAAUUGCCAAGGAUCCAUUUAGCGUUCCAUCAAAGCCCGGAAUUCCAGAACCUACCGAUUGGACUGCAAAUAAGGUAGAACUUGUUUGGCCAGAACCAGCAAGUGAUGGUGGAUCGCCGAUACAAGGCUAUAUAGUUGAGGUAAAAGACAAAUACAGCCCUCUUUGGGAAAAGGCUUUGGAAACCAGCUCCCCAACUCCAACUGCAACGGUUCAAGGUCUUAUUGAAGGAAAUGAAUACCAGUUCCGAGUAGUUGCCUUGAAUAAGGGUGGCCUAUCGGAGCCUUCGGACCCAAGCAAAAUAUUUACAGCUAAGCCGCGUUAUCUUGCUCCCAAGAUAGACCGUAGAAAUCUACGUAAUAUUACUCUGUCAUCCGGAACCGCUCUUAAAUUAGAUGCAAAUAUAACAGGCGAACCCGCUCCAAAAGUAGAGUGGAAACUUUCCAAUUACCAUUUGCAAUCAGGAAAAAAUGUUACAAUCGAAACUCCUGACUACUAUACAAAAUUAGUUAUUAGACCAACCCAGCGAAGUGAUUCUGGAGAAUAUUUGGUCACGGCCACUAAUACUUCUGGAAAAGAUAGUGUGCUUGUAAAUGUAAUUAUCACAGAUAAACCCUCACCUCCUAAUGGACCACUUCAAAUAUCCGAUGUGCAUAAAGAGGGUUGCCACCUUAAAUGGAAACGUCCGAGCGAUGAUGGGGGUACGCCAAUUGAGUAUUUCCAAAUUGACAAAUUAGAGCCCGAAACUGGGUGCUGGGUUCCGUCUUGUCGAUCUAUAGAACCUCAAGUUGAUGUUACAGGUCUUACUCCUGGAAAUGAAUAUAAGUUCCGAGUAUCAGCUGUAAAUGCCGAAGGUGAAUCACAGCCCUUGGUAGGCAACGAAUCUAUUGUUGCAAGAAAUCCUUUCGAUGAACCUGGUAAGCCCGAGAACCUUAGAGCAACUGAUUGGGAUAAGGAUCACGUGGACUUGGCGUGGACCCCACCUCUAAUUGAUGGCGGAUCACCAAUUUCUUGCUAUAUCAUCGAAAAGCAGGAUAAAUUUGGAAAGUGGGAGCGGGCCCUUGACGUUCCUGCUGAUCAAUGCAAAGCGACUAUUCCAGAUCUUGUCGAGGGCCAAACCUACGAGUUCCGAGUUUCCGCGGUCAACGCAGCUGGGACUGGAGAGCCAUCUGAUGCUACACCGCCAAUAAUUGCCAAAGCUCGCAAUAAACCACCUAUUAUAGAUAGAUCCAGUCUAGUAGAAGUGCGUAUUAAAGCUGGACAGUCUUUUACAUUUGAUUGUAAGGUAUCUGGGGAGCCAGCGCCUAAGACGAAAUGGCUGCUUAAGAAAAAGGAAGUUUAUUCAAAAGACAAUGUUAAGGUGACUAAUGUUGACUACAAUACCAAACUAAAAGUAAAUAGUGCAACCAGAUCUGAUUCCGGUAUAUACACAGUGUUUGCAGAAAACGCAAACGGAGAAGACAGUGCAGAUGUUAAGGUAACUGUCAUUGACAAACCUGCACCGCCAAACGGACCGCUUAAGGUUGAUGAAAUAAAUUCCGAGUCUUGUACUCUGCACUGGAAUCCACCAGACGACGAUGGAGGACAACCAAUAGAUAACUAUGUCGUUGAAAAAUUAGAUGAAGCAACAGGACGUUGGAUACCUGCCGGGCAGACUGACGGGCCAGUCACCGCACUUAAAGUCAAGGGCCUUACCCCUGGUCAUAAAUACAAAUUCCGAGUACGUGCCAAAAAUCGUCAGGGAACAUCAGAACCACUUACAACAACACAAGCCAUUAUUGCGAAAAAUCCAUUCGAUGAACCUACAAAACCAGGAACUCCAACCAUAAAAGACUUUGACAAAGAAUUUGUUGAUCUGGAAUGGACUAGACCAGAGGCUGAUGGGGGAUCUCCAAUCACCGGAUAUGUAGUUGAGAAGCGCGACAAAUUUUCCCCUGAUUGGGAAAAAUGCGCUGAAAUCAGUGAUGACAUCACCAAUGCUCACGUUCCUGACUUGAUUGAAGGCCUUAAAUAUGAAUUCCGCGUCAGAGCAGUAAACAAGGCCGGUCCAGGCUUACCAAGUGAUGCAACUGAAACACAUGUGGCUCGCUCCAAAAACACACCUCCAAAAAUAGAUCGAAACUUCAUGUCAGAUAUUAAAAUUAAAGCUGGAAAUGUAUUUGAAUUUGAUGUACCAGUAACUGGGGAGCCUUUGCCAAGCAAAGAUUGGACUCACGAAGGCAAUAUGAUCAUAAACACAGACCGAGUAAAAAUUUCCAAUUUUGAUGACCGCACUAAGAUAAGAAUACUUGAUGCAAAGCGAUCCGACACAGGCGUCUAUACAUUAACAGCACGAAACAUAAACGGUACAGAUAGGCACACUGUAAAAGUUACAAUCCUCGAUGCUCCAAGUGUGCCGGAAGGCCCAAUACGUAAUGGUGAUGUUAGCAAAAACUCUAUAGUACUUCGAUGGCGGCCACCCAAGGAUGAUGGUGGCUCAGAGAUUACUCAUUAUAUUGUGGAAAAAAUGGAUAAUGAGGCCAUGCGCUGGGUGCCCGUUGGUGAUUGCACUGAUACCGAAAUCAGAGCGGAUAAUCUAAUUGAAAAUCAUGAUUAUAGUUUUAGGGUAAGGGCUGUUAAUAAGCAAGGGCAAUCACAACCACUCACAACUUCUCAGCCUAUAACAGCAAAAGAUCCUUAUACACACCCAGAUAAGCCUGGCCAACCGCAAGCUACAGAUUGGGGUAAAAAUUUUGUGGACUUGGAGUGGUGCGCUCCAAAGAGAGAUGGGGGAGCACCCAUUUCUUCGUAUAUUAUAGAAAAAAGACCAAAGUUUGGUCAAUGGGAACGGGCUGUUGUUGUGGCAGGCGAUGUUUGCAAGGCCCAUGUACCGGAACUUACAAAUGGUGGAGAAUACGAGUUUCGGGUGAUUGCCGUCAAUCGGGGAGGUCCUAGUGAUCCAUCUGAUCCGUCUAGCACCAUUAUAUGCAAGCCACGUUUCCUUGCUCCAUUCUUUGACAAGUCACUUUUAAACGAUAUUACGGUCCAUGCUGGAAAGCGAUUAGGAUGGACAUUACCAAUCGAGGCGUCUCCAAAACCAUCCAUCACAUGGCUAUAUAAUGGAAAAGAAAUCGGUUCAAAUUCACGAGGCGAGUCCGGUCUUUUCCAAAACGAAUUAACUUUUGAAAUUUUAUCCUCACUUAGAAGCGACGAAGGUCGUUAUACUUUAAUAUUACAAAAUGAGCAUGGAUCAUUUGAUGCGUCUGCUCACGCAACUGUAUUGGAUCGACCAUCGCCACCCAAAGGUCCUCUGGAUAUAACAAAGAUAACAAGGGAUGGCUGCCACCUAACCUGGAAUGUUCCGGAUGAUGACGGUGGUUCACCUAUAUUGCAUUAUAUUAUCGAAAAAAUGGACUUAUCCCGAAGCACGUGGUCCGAUGCUGGCAUGAGCACACAUAUAGUCCAUGAUGUCACUCGCCUUGUCCACCGCAAGGAGUAUUUGUUCCGCGUUAAAGCAGUCAAUGCAAUUGGGGAAUCCGAUCCCUUAGAAGCAGUAAAUAGUAUAAUUGCUAAGAACGAAUUUGACGAGCCUGAUGCGCCUGGAAAACCAGUUAUUACUGAUUGGGAUCGUGACCAUAUAGACAUGCAAUGGGCUGUCCCAAAAAGUGACGGGGGAGCUCCAAUUAGUGAAUACAUCAUACAGAAAAAGGAAAAGGGCAGCCCUUACUGGACUAAUGUACGACAUGUUCCAUCAAAUAAGAACACAACCACAGUUCCAGAACUAACUGAGGGUCAAGAGUAUGAAUUUAGAGUUAUUGCUGUUAAUCAAGCAGGCCAAUCUGAACCCUCAGAGCCGUCUGAUAUGAUUAUGGCAAAGCCGCGCUAUCUGCCACCAAAAAUAAUAACUCCACUAAAUGAAGUACGCAUUAAAUGUGGGCUCAUAUUUCACACAGAUAUACAUUUUAUCGGUGAGCCAGCACCAGAAGCGACGUGGACACUUAAUAAUAAUCAGCUAUUGUCGAAUGACAGAUCGACAAUUACAUCUAUCGGUCACCACUCUGUAGUACAUACUGUUAACUGUCAAAGGUCUGACUCUGGAAUCUACCACUUAUUACUACGCAAUAGUUCUGGAAUCGAUGAAGGCAGCUUCGAACUUGUAGUACUCGACCGCCCGGGGCCGCCAGAGGGUCCAAUGGAAUAUGAAGAAAUAACUGCGAACUCUGUGACUAUAUCAUGGAAACCACCAAAAGAUAAUGGGGGAUCUGAAAUAUCUUCUUAUAUUAUCGAAAAGCGUGAUCUUACCCAUGGCGGGGGUUGGGUACCAGCAGUAAAUUAUGUUAGUGCAAAAUACAACCAUGCCCUGGUUCCCAGACUGCUGGAAGGAACAAUGUACGAGCUUAGAGUUAUGGCCGAAAACCUACAAGGACGCUCAGAUCCACUUACUUCCGACAAACCGGUGGUUGCAAAAUCUCAGUACACGGUGCCGGGAGCUCCUGGAAAGCCAGAACUCAUUGAUAGCGAUAAGAAUCAUAUUACAAUUAAAUGGAAGCAACCAAUUAGUAAUGGAGGAUCCCCCAUUAUUGGUUACGACAUUGAACGUCGCGACGUAAACACAGGACGAUGGAUAAAGAUAAAUGGACAACCAGUACCUACAGCUGAAUACCAAGACGACAGAGUAACAUCGAACCAUCAAUAUCAAUACAGAAUAUCGGCGGUUAAUGCUGCCGGCAACGGGAAGACUUCCGAACCUUCGGCCAUAUUCAAUGCUCGACCACUGCGUGAAAAGCCAAGAUUUUAUUUUGAUGGCUUAGUAGGAAAGCGCAUUAAAGUUCGUGCAGGUGAACCUGUAAAUUUAAAUAUUCCCAUAUCUGGGGCACCUACUCCGACAAUUGAAUGGAAGCGAGGGGAUCUGAAAUUAGAGGAAGGAAAACGAAUUUCUUAUGAGACUAACUCGGAGCGUACUCUAUUUCGCAUUGAUGAUUCAAACAGACGGGACUCUGGAAAAUACACUGUUACCGCUGCUAAUGAGUUUGGUAAGGAUACAGCUGACAUUGAAGUUAUUGUCGUAGAUAAGCCAUCGCCACCUGAAGGACCUUUGAGUUAUACGGAGACAGCCCCAGAUCACAUUUCGUUGCAUUGGUAUUCGCCCAAGGACGAUGGUGGCAGCGAAAUAACGGGAUACAUAAUCGAGUUCACUGAGUUUGGUGUAGAUGAUUGGAGGCCAGUGCCGGGCGCUUGUCCCAACACCAACUUUACAGUAAAGAAUCUAGUAGAGGGAAAGAAAUAUGUUUUUCGUAUUAGAGCUGAAAAUAUCUACGGAGCUUCCGAAGCUCUCGAAGGUAAGCCGGUGUUGGCUAAAUCGCCUUUUGAUCCACCCGGGGCACCAUCUCAGCCAACAAUUGCUGCAUAUACACCAAACUCAGCUAAUUUGGAGUGGCAUCCUCCAGACGAUUGUGGUGGUAAGCCUAUUACGGGGUACAUCGUAGAGCGACGCGAACGCGGGGGUGAGUGGAUUAAGUGCAACAAUUACCCAACACCGAAUACAUCAUAUACAGUAUCCAAUCUUCGGGAUGGAGCUCGUUAUGAGUUCCGGGUGCUCGCAGUAAAUGAGGCUGGGCCUGGCCACCCGUCAAAGCCUUCUGAUCCAAUGACUGCUGAACAUCAGCGCUAUCGUCCAGAUCCGCCGGAGCCACCAAAACCAGAUCGUAUUACCAGGAAUGGGGUCACAUUAUCAUGGCGCCCGCCUCGGACCGAUGGAAAGUCCAGAAUCAAAGGGUAUUAUGUCGAAAUGCGUCCCAAAAACGGAAAGGAUUGGAAAACUGUUAACGAUAUACCUAUUAAUUCCACUGUAUACACAGUACCAAGCCUUAAGGAAGGAGAAGAGUAUUCAUUCCGUGUUGUUGCUGAAAACGAAGUUGGUCGUUCAGAUCCAUCUAAGCCAUCGCAGCCCAUCACAAUUGAGGAGCAACCAAAUAAGCCUUGCAUGGAUCUCGGAAAGGUCCGAGAUAUAGUGUGUAGGGCUGGUGAUGAUUUUAGCAUUCACGUACCCUAUCUAGCUUUCCCCAAGCCCAACGCAUUUUGGUAUUCUAAUGACAAUAUGCUGGAUGACAAUAAUCGUGUGCACAAACAUUUGACUGAUGAUGCAGCAUCUGUUGUGGUAAAAAACUCGAAACGCGCCGACUCAGGGCAAUAUAGGCUCCAAUUAAAGAAUACGUCAGGAUUCGAUACGGCUACCAUUAAUGUUAGGGUUCUGGAUAGACCAUCUCCACCGACACGCCUACGAGCUGAUGAGUUUUCUGGAGAUUCUCUAACAUUGUAUUGGAAUCCACCAAACGAUGACGGUGGUUCCGCUAUUCAAAAUUAUAUUAUUGAAAAACAAGAAGCUCGAUCGUCCACAUGGUCUAAAGUCAGCAGCUUUUGCACAGUUCCGUUUGUUAGAAUUCGAAAUCUUGCACUCAACAAAGAGUACAAUUUCCGUGUGAUAGCUGAAAAUAAAUAUGGUCAAUCCGAUCCCGCCAAUACAUCUGAGCCUAUACUUGCAAGGCAUCCCUUUGAUAUUCCCAAUGCUCCCGGUAUUCCCCAUGGUAUUGACUCGACAGAAGAUAGUAUAACAAUAGCGUGGACGAAGCCUAAACAUGAUGGUGGAUCUCCCAUAACCGGAUAUAUCAUUGAAAAACGCUUAUUGAGUGAUGAUAAAUGGACCAAGGCAGUUCAUUCACUUUGUCCAGACCUUUCUUGUAAAAUUCCAAAUCUUAUUGAAAAUGCUGAAUACGAAUUUAGGGUAGCCGCAGUAAAUGCAGCCGGACAGUCGGCCUAUAGCGGUUCCAGCGACCUCAUCUUUUGCCGCCGACCACCUCAUGCGCCAAAGAUUACUUCAGAUUUGUCAAUUAGGGAUAUGACAGUAAUUGCAGGAGAUGAAUUCCGUAUAACAGUACCUUAUCACGCCAGUCCUCGCCCAACUGCAUCAUGGAGUUUAAAUGGUGUAGAAGUAAUUCCCAGCGAACGUAUUAAAUUUGAUUCUAACGAUUAUGCUUCAAUUUAUUACAAUAAAUCAGCUAAACGAGAUGAGACUGGAUCGUACACCAUUACACUUACCAAUAACAAAGGUUCAGAUACUGCAUCAUGCCACGUCACGGUGGUAGAUAGGCCAUUACCCCCUCAGGGUCCACUUAAUGCCUACGACAUUACCCCCGACACUUGCACCCUGGCCUGGAAGACGCCUUUGGAUGAUGGAGGUUCACCGAUUACAAAUUAUGUCGUUGAAAAACUGGAUAACAGUGGUUCAUGGGUAAAGAUUAGCAGUUUUGUUCGUAACACUCACUACGAUGUCAUGGGCUUGGAACCUCAAUACAAAUAUAACUUCCGCGUAAGAGCAGAAAACCAAUAUGGUUUAUCUGAUCCAUUGGAUAUUAUUGAACCUAUUGUUGCCAAACAUCAAUUUACAGUCCCAGAUGAGCCUGGUCAGCCAAAGGUUAUAGACUGGGACUCUGGAAAUGUCACUUUGAUUUGGACCCGACCAUUAAGUGAUGGAGGGUCCCGCAUACAAGGCUAUCAAAUUGAAUAUCGAGAUAUUUUAAACGAUUCGUCUUGGAAUACGUAUGACUAUAUCAUAAAGGACAAUAAGUAUCAACUUUACAACUUAAUCAACGGCAGUGAAUACGAAUUCCGUAUAAGGGCUAAGAACGCUGCAGGCUUAAGUAAGCCAUCUUCACCAUCUCUUAGAUUUAAGCUGAAAGGAAAAUUCAGCGUGCCAUCACCUCCUGGAGCCCCACAAGUAACCAGAGUCGGCAAAAACUAUGUCGACCUAAAGUGGGAGAAACCCUUAAGAGAUGGUGGCUCCCGCAUUACGGGUUACAUUAUUGAACGAAGGGACAUCGGUGGAGCCGUAUGGGUAAAGUGUAAUGAUUACAAUGUUUUGGAUACCGAAUACACCGUUAUGAACCUCAUCGAGAUGGGUGAUUACGAAUUCCGAAUAUAUGCUGUCAAUUCCGCUGGACGUUCAGAACCAAGCUUAUGUACUAUGCCAAUCAAGGUUUGCGAGGUACUAGGUGGGGAGAAACCUGAUUGGAUUACACGACUGCAAGACAAGGUAGCACCCUUUGGCAAGGAUUAUACUUUACAAUGCGCCGCCUCAGGUAAGCCAAGUCCAACUGCAAGGUGGCUUCGCAAUGGAAAAGAAAUUCAAAUGAGUGGGGGCCGAAUGACAUGCGACAGUAAAGAUGGGGUCUUCCGACUGCACAUAUCUAAUGUGCAAACUGGAGACGAUGGUGACUACACAUGUGAGGCAAUGAAUUCUCUCGGAUUUGUUAACACAUCAGGUUAUCUAAAAAUUGGAUCACCACCAAUUAUUAACAGAUGUCCAAACGAACUAAAAUUGCCAGAAGGAGAUAAUUCAAAGAUCAAGAUUUUCUACUCUGGCGACCAGCCACUAACUGUGAUAUUAAAGAAAAAUAAUGAAGUCAUAUCUGACAGUAAUGACGAUUCGCAUGUUAAGGUAAACAUAUUUGACGACUAUGUAGCGAUUUACAUUCGUAACAUUGUAAAAAGUGAUGGUGGUACAUAUCAAAUAGAAUUCACGAAUGAAUCUGGUAGUGCCACAGGGCAGUUUAAUGUACACAUUACUGGCAUGCCUUCAGUGCCCACUGGACCUAUGGGUAUCUCUUACAUUAACAAAAACUCCUGUACGUUAAACUGGCGUCCCCCUUCCUACGAUGGUGGUCUUAAAGUUAGUCACUACGUCGUCGAGAGAAAAGAUGUGUCAUCUCCACACUGGAUAACUGUUUCUAGUACCUGCAAGGAUACCGCCUUCAAUGUACAAGGUCUUAUUGAGAACCAAGAAUACAUUUUCCGAGUGAUGGCGGUAAAUGAGAACGGAAUGGGUCCACCACUAGAGGGCUUAAAUCCAAUUCGAGCCAAAGACCCAAUUGACCCACCAUCGCCACCGGGCAGUCCUCAAAUUACUGAGAUCGGAGGAGACUUUGUGCAUUUGGAAUGGGGAAAACCGGAAUCGGAUGGCGGUGCUCACAUUCAAGGCUAUUGGAUCGAUAAGCGUGAAGUAGGCAGCAACACAUGGCAGCGUGUAAACACUACCAUCUGUGCUGCCAAUCAAAUAAACUGUAUCAAUCUCAUUGAAGGUCGACAGUACGAGUUUCGAAUUUUUGCCCAGAAUGUUGCAGGUCUUUCAAAAGAAUCAUCCGCUUCCCAAGCAGUCAAGAUAAUAGAUCCACAGGCGGCUUCGCCUCCAUUGAUUGUGAAACCGCUACGCGAUGCCAAUUGCAUUCAAAACCACAAUGCCCAAUUCACAUGCACAAUAAAUGGCGUUCCUAAGCCAACGAUAACUUGGUAUAAAGGAGCUCGCGAAAUCAGUAACGGCGCCCGAUAUCACAUGUACUCAGAAGGGGACAAUCACUUCCUAAAUAUUAAUGACGUAUUCGGCGAAGACGCUGAUGAAUAUGUUUGUCGCGCUGUAAACAAGGCUGGAGCAAAAUCAACACGCGCCGCACUGGCCAUUAUGACUGCUCCAAAAUUAAACGUUCCUCCAAGAUUUAGAGACACUGCUUACUUCGAUAAGGGUGAAAAUGUUGUAAUCAAAAUUCCCUUUACUGGUUUCCCAAAACCACGUAUACACUGGGUUAGGGACGGCGAGAAUAUUGAAUCCGGUGGUCAUUACACUGUGGAGGUUAAAGAAAGACAUGCCGUUCUUAUCAUUCGUGAUGGAUCGCACUUGGACUCAGGACCUUAUAGGAUAACAGCGGAGAAUGAACUUGGUUCGGAUACAGCUAUAAUACAAGUGCAAAUUAGUGAUCGUCCAGAUCCCCCACGAUUCCCUUUAAUUGAAAGUAUUGGCACAGAUUCGUUGUCUCUUAGUUGGAAAGCACCUGUAUGGGACGGUUGCAGCGACAUAACGAAUUACUACGUAGAGCGGCGGGAGCACCCAUUAUCUUCGUGGAUACGAGUCGGAAAUACUAGGUUUACGUCUAUGGCAGUCAGCGGCUUGACUCCAGGAAAAGAAUACGAUUUCCGCAUAUUUGCUGAUAAUGUGUAUGGACGUUCUGAUGCUUCAGACACAAGUACUCUUAUCAAGACUAAGGAGUCUGUUAGAAAGAAGCCGAUUGAACGCAAAUGGGAAGUUGAUGCAAAUGGACGGAAACUGCGCGGAAAAGCAGAUGGACCAGUUAAAGACUACGAUUCAUAUGUGUUUGAUAUCUACUCCAAAUUCGUUCCGCAACCCGUGGAAAUAUCCCAGCAAAGUGUAUAUGAUAGGUAUGAUAUUCUUGAGGAAAUCGGAACAGGCGCAUUUGGAGUAGUACAUCGCUGUCGUGAGAGAAGCACAGGAAAUAUUUUUGCGGCCAAGUUCAUUCCAGUAUCACACACAGUUGAGAAAGACUUGAUACGUCGUGAAAUAGAUAUAAUGAAUCAACUGCACCAUCAGAAGCUUAUCAACUUACACGAUGCUUUCGAAGACGACGAUGAAAUGAUCCUAAUACUGGAAUUCUUAUCUGGUGGUGAAUUAUUUGAACGCAUUACUGCUGAAGGUUACGUAAUGACGGAAGCUGAAGUUAUAAACUAUAUGAGGCAAAUUUGCGACGGCAUCAGACAUAUGCAUGAACAAAAUAUUAUCCAUUUGGACAUAAAACCAGAGAAUAUAAUGUGUCAAACUCGUUCUAGCACAAAUGUUAAACUUAUUGACUUUGGACUAGCGACGCGCCUCGAUCCAAAUGAAGUUGUUAAAAUAACAACAGGCACGGCUGAGUUCGCUGCACCGGAGAUCGUCAACAGAGAGCCAGUCGGCUUUUACACAGAUAUGUGGGCUACUGGAGUACUAUCAUAUGUUCUGUUAAGCGGAUUAUCACCCUUUGCUGGUGAUAAUGAUGUUCAAACUCUCAAAAACGUAAAGGCUUGCGAUUGGGACUUCGACGUAGAAUCCUUUAAGUACAUUUCUGAAGAAGCUAAAGAUUUUAUAAGAAAAUUGCUCGUUAGAAACAAAGAAAAGCGUAUGACUGCUCACGAAUGUCUUCUGCAUCCUUGGUUGACUGGUGACCAUAGUGCUAUGAAACAGGAAAUCAACCGUGAUCGUUAUCUAGCCUAUCGAGAAAAAUUGAGAAGAAAAUAUGAAGACUUCGAGAGGUACCUGUUGCCAAUUGGCCGGCUUUCUGAAUACUCAUCUCUAAGAAAAUUGCUGAUGGAGAAAUACAAGAUCCAUGAUGCUGUUUUUGAUAGGCGUCAAGCAGCGCCGCGUUUUGUAAUUCGACCAUCUUCCCAAUUUUGCUAUGAGGGCCAAAGCGUAAAGUUCUACUGCAGAUGCAUUGCAAUAGCCACACCUACCCUCACUUGGUCACAUAAUAAUAUCGAGUUGCGACAGAGUGUCAAGUUUAUGAAACGAUACGCUGGAGAUGAUUACUACUUCAUCAUUAACCGAGUUAAGUUGGACGAUCGAGGAGAAUAUAUUAUUCGCGCAGAAAAUCACUACGGCUCUAGAGAAGAAGUCGUUUUCCUAAAUGUUCAGCCCUUACCAAAAGAACAGCCGAGGUACCGAACGGAAUCAACUCCGGUGCGCAGACGUGAACCCUUGCCGUACACAUUCUGGCAGGAAGAGUCCGAGACGGCGCCCAGUUUCACAUUCCUUUUGCGGCCACGCGUCAUGCAAGCCCGCGAUACAUGCAAACUACUGUGUUGUUUAAGUGGCAAGCCAGUACCUAAUGUAAGGUGGUACAAGGACGGUCGAGAACUUAGCAAAUACGAGUAUGCGAUGACUCACUCUGAUGGAGUUGUCACCAUGGAAAUAAUUGACUGCAAGCCAUCCGAUUCAGGAAAAUACAGCUGUAAGGCAACAAACUGUCACGGAACAGACGAAACAGAUUGUGUUGUGAUUGUUGAAGGAGAAUGGGUUACGCCUGAGCAGGCUCAACUCGCCCACAAUUUUCUUUACUCAGGAGAUAGGAAAUACAUAGAGCAGCCAAUUAAGCCAGCUCCCCUCCCAAUAGUGACAUCCCGGCAGUUUACAUCAUCUUCAGUCCAAAACACAUCUGAACCAAAGGGUGACAAAGCGAAUGUAUCCAACUCAAACUCAUCAGGCAUUUCAAACAAGAAAAAGUAUGCAUCAAAUAGUUUACAGGCCCCCGGAAGCCCGUCAAGAUCACGAAGCGCUACCAAAGAGCUUAUACUUCCCCCAGAUGAUUCAUUAAUGUGCAAGCCGGAAUUCACGAAGCCCCUUCACGAUUUAACAAUUCGCGAUGGAGAACAGUUGAUAUUAACUUGCCAUGUAAAAGGAGAUCCGGAGCCUCAAAUCUCUUGGUCGAAAAAUGGAAAGUCCCUAUCGUCUUCUGAUAUUAUGGACUUAAGGUAUAAGAAUGGUAUUGCAACUUUAACCAUCAACGAAGUGUUUCCUGAAGACGAGGGAGUGAUCACUUGUACGGCCACAAAUUCUAUUCGAGCCGUGGAAACUAAAUGCAAACUAACAAUACAGCCCCUGGAUAAAAACUUAACUAAGCGAAAAGUGAAUGCCGGCGAUAACGCGCCGAAAAUAGUUAGUCACUUGGAGUCGAGAUUUGUUAGGGAUGGCGAUGCAGUGAAUCUGGCUUGUCGCAUAAUUGGAGCUCAACAUUUCGAUGUCGUGUGGCUGCAUAAUAACAAAGAGAUAAAGCCGAGCAAGGAUUUCCAAUACACCAACGAGGCCAAUAUAUAUCGAUUACAAAUUGCAGAGAUAUUUCCCGAAGAUGGCGGCACCUACACUUGCGAGGCCUUCAAUGAUGUAGGCGAAUCAUUCAGUACCUGCACAAUAAAUGUAACAGUGCCAGGAGACGAGUCUAAGCAGCCGGCCUUUGUUAAGUUUCCCACGUCUGUUUCGAUACUUGAGGGAGAGGGUACCACAUUUGAAUGCGAAAUAGAUUCUGAGCUCCUAAAUUUGGUUUGGUUGAAAGAUGGCAAACCCAUUGACGAAACACUUCCACGUUACUCAUUUACAAAGGAUGGCCACCGAUACUCUUUUGCAGUGGCAAAGUGUAAUAUGGACGAUGUCGGUCAAUACCAAGCUAAAGCGGUAUCUAAGAAGGCCGAAAGUAUAUGUGCGUUCUCGAUGAACGUUCACACAGCCGAAUCCUAAGCUACUUCGGAUAGAAAUUACAUUGUUAGAAAAAAGAUAAAAACAGCACAUAUAUGGUAUAUACAUAUAUAUACAUAUGUCAAAAUUUGACUGCUCAUCAAAAGUCACAUUCAUCAUUCAAAUAUCUAUACAUAGGCGUUUAUGUAUAUACAUAAGUAUAUGUAAAGUUUAUGCAUUUCAACCAAAUCGUCCAUAAUUCUGCAACAUUAUAUGUUUACUCACAAAUCAUAAUUCACGCAUUAUACGUAGAAAUACUUUUAAUCAAAAAAAUAAUAUGUAAGAGAAAUUUAUUGUAAUAGAAAACCUUCAUAUUUUGAUGAACUCACAGGUACUGAUCGAAAAUAACGAGACUUUCGCUACUUGAGUGACUUCUGGCAUCCUCAACAAUAAGAUCUAAACCUCAUUAGCCAUUCAAGUAGUUGAAACCUCUACUUCUCGGACAGAAUUCUGUAUGACUUACGAAACAUAAAGACAAAUGUACGCGGGCUCUAUUUGACAUAAAAAUAAAUGUAAAAUUCAUUACACAAAUUUAAA